GUCGUCGAAGACUCAAAGGGAAGCGAAACAGAGAGAGCUCAAAAAGGCACAGAGAGAAGGAGACCCCCAUUCUCUUCGCUCCCUUCCCUUUGCUUUGAUCCCAUUCCCACCAAUCACAGACCCCACACUACUCGCUAUCUCUCUCUCUCUCUCUCAACGACAACAACAAUGCCAGCUUCUCCUUCCUUCCCUUCGGCAGAUAAUCGUGGCAAAUGGAAGAGGCGACGCCGAGGAGAACCUCAAAUCGGCCGGAAGUCCAGGCAUGAAGAAGAAGAACUAGAGGACGACGAAGAGGAAAACAACGAUGACGACCUCGAUAACUCGGAGGACCACCAAAAUGGAACGGCAGCGCCCGAUCCAGGCCCCAGCGAGACUGAGGUGCUCGCUGAGGGUGGGGUCCGCAUCUCAGAUUUCCCUGCCGUGGUCCGCCGUGCCGUGAACAGACCACACGCGUCCGUCGCUGCGGUUGUGGCGGCCGAGAGGGCCGCUUUGUCGGGGGAGACUAAGGGGCUGCAGGCCUCGCUGCCUGUUCUGGAGAAUGUCUCGUACGGCCAAGUCCAGGCAUUGUCCGCUGUGCCUGCGGAUUCCCCGGUGUUUGAUCAGGAGCGGAGUGAUGGCCUCGGCGGCGUGAGUUCGGCUUUCGUUAUCUCUCCGCCUCCUGUUAUGGAAGGUCGAGGCGUCAUUAAGCGGUUUGGCAAUAGAGUUCAUGCAGUACCUAUGCAUUCAGACUGGUUUUCACCACACACAGUGCAUCGAUUGGAGAGACAAGUGGUGCCACAUUUUUUCUCUGGAAAAUCUUCUGACUGCACACCAGAGAAAUAUAUGGAAUGUAGGAACUACAUUGUUGCCAAAUACAUGGAUAAUCCAGAGAGGAGACUCACUGUGUCUGAUUGCCAGGGAUCAGUUGCUGGUGUUAAUGAUGAAGAUUUAACACGGAUAGUUCGGUUUCUUGAUAACUGGGGAAUAAUCAAUUACUGUGCAGCUGCCCAAGGCCGUGAGCCUUGGAAUGACGGUUCUUACUUAAAGGAGGAUCCAGCUGGUGAGGUUAAUGUGCCAUCCGCUGCUUUAAAGUCUAUUGAUAGUUUGAUCAAAUUUGACAAGCCCAAAUGUAGGCUUAAGGCAGCUGACUUUUAUUCAUCACUUUCUCGGCGUCAUGAUGAUGUCUCUGACUUGGACAACAGAAUUCGAGAGCGUUUAUCUGAAAACCAUUGCAACUAUUGUUCACAGGCCCUGCCAAUUGUGUAUUACCAGUCACAAAAAGAGGUGGAUAUACUCCUGUGCUCUGAUUGUUUCCAUGAGGGGAGGAAUGUUACUGGUCAUUCGAGUAUUGAUUUUGUAAAGGUGGAUUCAACAAAAGACUAUGGUGAUCUGGAUGGGGAAAGUUGGAGUGAUCAAGAAACUUUGCUGCUUCUUGAGGCAAUGGAAAUUUACAAUGAAAAUUGGAAUGAUAUUGCAGACCAUGUAGGCAGCAAGUCAAAAGCACAAUGCAUCCUCCAUUUUCUUCGUCUGCCUAUGGAGGAUGGCCUGUUGGAGAACAUUGAAGUUCCCAGUAAAUCCAAGUCAUUAAGUUCUUCCAAUAGAGAUGAUUGUAGAGGACUAGAUGCAAACUCAAAUGGGGAUCUACCAGAGUCUUGCGUUCAGAGGACUGAGUCUGAAGUCAGGCUUCCUUUUGAAAAUUCUGCAAAUCCUGUCAUGGCCUUGGUUGCAUUUCUGGCCUCUGCUGUUGGACCAAGAGUUGCUGCAGCCUGUGCCCAUGCAUCUCUGGCAGCAUUGUCUGAGGGUGAUGGCUUAGCUACUUCUGGACAGGAAGGAUCUGGACGCAGUAAUAGAAUGAAUUCUGGGAGCAUAAAUAAUAGAGAAGGCAGUUUCCAUGGAGAAAUUCCGCAAAAGGAAGAGAACUCAAUGAGGCAUGGUUCAUGGAGUCAAAAUGGGGCAGCAAUUGCUUCAUUAUCUGCAGAGAGAGUCAAUUCAGCUGCAAAAGCAGGCCUUUCUGCUGCCGCAAUGAAAGCAAAAUUGUUUGCAGAUCAUGAAGAACGUGAAAUUCAAAGGCUUUCUGCUAAUAUUGUAAAUAACCAGUUAAAGAGAUUGGAGCUGAAGUUGAAGCAGUUUGCAGAAGUGGAAACCUUGUUAAUGAAAGAAUGUGAACAAGUAGAGAAAGCCAGGCAGAGGUUUGCUGCAGAAAGGGCUCGUAUGGUUGCAGCUCGAUUUGCACCUACUGGAGUUAGCUCGCAAGUGAGUCUACCAGGUGUUGCUCCUUCCAUGGUUAACAACAAUGUUGGCAACAACAGGCAACAGGUACUCUCACCCUCACCGACGCAGCCAAGCAUUUCAGGAUACAGCAAUAGCCAACCAGUACAUCCUCAGAUGCCAUUUUUGUCACGGCAGCAAGUGUUUCCUAAGGGGCCUAGGCUGCCUCUUAACGCCAUACAGCCAUCAUCAUCAUCUCCUUCGGGUAUGAUGUUCAAUGCGCCAGGUACCCAGCCUACCCUCAAUCAUCCAAUGCUGAGGUCUAUGUCGGGCACUAGCUCUGGUCUAGGUUGAAACAGAAUAGAUGGUGUAAAUUUGGAAUUUUAUGGGUUUGAUUCAUUUGACCAUUACAUGCUUUCAGCACUGCAAAGAGAAGGCUAAUAGAUUUGGAUGAGCGGUAAAGGUGUGAACUGCUUCACAUUGUUUAGUCUUUAUUUAUAGAAAGGAAGAUAACUGAUGCAGUUCAUAGGGCUUGUAGCAUUGCAUAAUCAAGUUUAUAGUUUGUACUAGAUUAUUAACACCUGCUCAACUAGUUUACAAAAAUUAAUUUUGUAAAAAUGAAGCACAUAGCGUUUAAUUUUCAGUUGA